UUGUGCGGUACUGAUUAUUUUUGGAAAAACAAAACCCUUUACUACAUACAAGUAUAGGGUUAUUGUGAGUUGUGACACAAGCACAAACACUGCCCCUCUCAAACUCUUCUUUGUAUAUAUAAUAUACCAAUAAUAAAGCCUUCCUUUUCCUACAAACAAACCCAGAUCAAAAGUAGUAGAACUACUUCAGUAUUAAAAACAAGCCUAAACGCCGAGAUGUUCUCUUUAAAGAAAAGUUUCCAAUCAACAGAAAACCCAAAUUUUUGUGUAACCCACCUCCCAAUCUUUCCAUAUAAAUCCAAUCCCAAUUCUGAUACUCCCACCACCGCUUUGUAUUUCAAAUUUUUUUUCUCUCUCCAAGAAAAAAUGCGGCGGAGGGUCCGUACGGCUUUCCUAUUCGCUCUGCUCGUCGUUUUGCUCUUCACAUUCGUUUCUGUCUAUGUCGCUCGAAACUCUAUUACCAAGAAACACGUUCUUAAUUCCACGUCGGAUCUCCGGACCCGAUCCAAGGACCCGGGUUUUCCCAACCUCGCGAUCCGAGAUGAUCAUGAAAAGCUCGGCGGCCAGCUCCGGACUCGCCGCGUGUCCUCCAUCGGAAACUCGGUCGCCACCGUAGCGAUUCUUUUUCCGGAUUGGGAGGUGUUCGUGAUUGUUUCUCCGGGGGCGGCAUUACCGACUCCGGAUUCCGGCGACGAGGAGUACAAGUGUCUGUUCGAGAACGGAGCCAAGUCGCCGGCGAAUUUUUCCGGCGUGUUGGCGUUCCCGAAUCGAACCACGUUCAAGUGCGUUUUGCCGAACAGCCUUCAUAGCCGCCGGCCGUUUAUUCAGCCGGCUCUUAUAAGAUCGUCGGAGACUGACGCGUCGCCGGAAAAUAAACAGGUUUCGUCGGAACUAAUCAGGUGGACUACCAUUGCGUACGAGUCCUUUUCGACUGAGAACGACGUCGUUCUAUUCGUCAAAGGCAUAAACCGUCAGUUAGCGAACAAGCCUCCAAGAGAGUUCAACUGCGUAUUCGGCGACGACGGAGAAAAAAACGCCGCCGUUAGAACCGCCGUCACCAGCUCCAACCAAGAAGUAUUCAGAUGCCACCACCCGAAAUUAACGGCGGCCGUUACCUCCGAGCGAAUCAAAAUCUCCCUCGAAAUAGUUCCUAAAAACACGGUAGUCCCCUCGGUAGCGUACUACACGCCGCGGCGGCGCACGUUAGCGAGCCAGGAGCCGAGGUCGCUACUGUGCGCAUGUACAAUGGUUUACAAUGUGGCGAAGUUUUUACGAGAGUGGGUAAUGUACCACUCGAGAAUUGGAGUCGAAAAAUUCAUAUUGUACGAUAACGGUAGCGACGAUGAGUUGGCUAUGGUUGUUGAGGAGCUCAACCAUGAGGGUUUUAACGUUACGACGUUGUUUUGGAUUUGGCCUAAGACCCAAGAGGCUGGGUUCUCCCACGCUGCUCUCUACGCUAACCAAUCGUGCACUUGGAUGAUGUACGUUGAUGUUGAUGAAUUUGUUUUCAGUCCCACGUGGCACAGACCCAGUUCAUCAAAACUUCUUACCUCACUCUUGCCAAUAUCAAAGCGUUCGAUUGGCCAACUUCAAAUUAGAUGCAACGAGUUUGGACCGUCGAAUCAGACAUCGCAUCCGGUUGAGGGUGUCACACAAGGGUACACGUGUCGAAGAAAGGUUCACGAGAGACACAAGUCUAUUGUGUUACUUGAUGCAGUUGAUUCGUCUUUGGAGAAUGCGAUACACCAUUUUGAAGUGAAGAAGAGUUUUUUUCGCUCUAUACAUGUGAGCAUGGAGGAUGUGGUGGUGAAUCAUUAUAAGUACCAAGCUUGGUCCGAGUUUCGAACCAAGUUUCGGAGGCGGGUCUCGGCUAAUGUGGUGGAUUGGAAACGGGCAGUGAACCCCACGUCCAAGGAUAGGACCCCGGGAUUAGGGUUCGAGCCGAUUGAGCCGGAAGGUUGGGCCGAGAAGUUUUGUGAGGUUAGGGAUGAUCGGUUGAAGUUGUUGACACAAGAUUGGUUCGGGUCUAACACGUCUCAUGGGUACCAAAUGGCGUGGCAAAGAUGAAUAUUUCAAGGUUUCACCUUUAAGCCCUAACGAAGAUUUUUUUUUUUUAUUACUUCGGGUUUUACGUGUGAAACUUUUCUAUUGGGUUCAUUUGGUGACUUAGAAUUGUAGACAGAGGCUGUAUGUAAUGUACAUUAAAGAGUUAGUUUUUUUUUUUUUUUUUUUUUUUUUUCUAGUUUGUGAUUUGUUUUUAUUUUUAAUUGCUUUAUAGGUUAGUAAAGAAGGACUUUGUUUUGUUA